UAUUCACUCGAUUAGGUUCUCUCUUCUUCCGAUCUCUCUUCGUCGUUCAUUUAGUGAGUAAAAAGCUACCCUCGAUUCAGAUAAUCUGGCAUGAGAACAAACCUGUCUUAACCCUCGAUUUCCACUCUCUCUCCUCCACUCUCGCCACCGCCGGCGCCGAUUUCGACAUUAAGUUUUGGUCAAUAAAACCAGCAGGAACACAGAAGAAGCUACCCGUAGUUACCUAUCUUAGUAGCCUGUCUCACCAUACUACUGCAGUGAAUGUUAUUCGUUUCUCUUCUUCUGUAGUUAAGGAGAGGUUUUCGUUCUUUUUGUAGUUGCCGCCGUUGCUCUCACUCUCUGGUUCCUUGCAGAUGAAAAUCUUAGAGGCCAAUGCUGGUGUGCUCACGAAUUUCGAGGUCCUUGAUUUCUUACGAGCUAAAGGAGCUUCAGAAGAUCCAAAUAGAGUUAUUGCCAAAGUAGCACAGUCUGAAUACAAGGUUUAUGAUUAUCUGGUUAACACUGCUGCCGCUGAUCUAACAAGAGAGAACAUCAACGAGUUCUUGACAGGUGUUAAACAGCAUGACCUGGCAAAAGCUGAGAUUCUGAACAUAUUGAACAUUAGGCCAGUUGCUUCCGUUGGAAUAUACCCUAUCUUAGAGAAUUGUGAGGAACGUUUCCCAGAUGAAGAGGUCACUGAAAUGGUAGAGCUGGUGAAGAAAACAAUGCCGCCACCGCCUGUGAAAAUGAAGCCGGAAGAAAUCACAAAGGGUAAUGAAGAAACUGCAACAGCGAAACAUGAAAAAGGUAAUGAGAAUAGUCAAGACCAAAAUGAAGGUGGAGAACAAAUGGAAACAAGUUGAGAUCCUAGUUGUAACCGUAGUAUGUAUUUUAUGAGUAGCGCAAGAGGACCUCAAGGAGUAGUUGGAUAGUAAUUUUAUUUUAUAACUUGUAGUUUUUCCCAAUUUUUUAAUAAUAUUAUAUUUUAUUAUUUGCUUUUUUUUUUUGGUACAAAAUUAUAUCUCACUUUCCUUAUGUUCUGGUCAAAUUAGGUCCAUUUGAAAUUUUCU